GUUGGAAAAUGCCUUCCCGAAAUUAAAGGCAUGUGGGGGUUAUGAACUUCUAAGGACACCUCCUGGAAGUCGGAUAUCCCUUGAAGUAAUACCAAUGCCCCCUGGAGGUUUCACUUCAACAUAUCUAGCAGAUGAAAGCUGCCUGCAGGCAGCAGUUUGCUAUCUUAGGCCUAUACAAAAAGACCUUGAUAUCACAACUUGUACUGAAAUGGACGGGGAUCAACCAAGUGAGGCAUGUCUGGAGUGCGGGGAAAACAUUCCAUUACCCCUGUUACGGGAUCAUGUGGAUGGCUGCAAUAAAUUGGAAAUGUCUCCUCCAAGAAAAAGAAACAGAGUUCAGACACAGACUCCAGUUUGCCAGUUUGCCUGUACAAAAAGAGAUGGGUGUAUGUCCAGUUUGCAAUGGCAGUUUUGAAGUGAAUGUUCUGGAAGCACAUGCAUCAGGGUGCGGAAUUGAUACAAUAACAGCUGGGGGUAGUGAAAGCCUGAUGGACCCACAAACCGACUUCGAGUCAGCACUGAAUGACAGAUUUGACAAGAUGGUGUUGGAAGGGUCAUGGCCUAUAAAUGUUGUCCGACGCCAUUUUAAUAACACUGCAAUGGAGGAACUAUCAAAUGGCAACAUAAAAGACUGGGGGAAAAAACUUAAUGUAAAAUUUAUUGGAGAAGAUGGGGUUGACAGUGGGGGGCUCACACGAGAGUUCUUCUCCUUAUUAUUUGAAACAUCUCCUGUGUUUGAAGAUAAUGGUUUCAGCUACAAUGCUGAUCUUCUUGAGAAGAAACAUUACCAACUAAUGGGAAAAGCCACUUCAAUGGCCAUACUACAUGGUCACCCUGGACCUCGAAACUUGAACAGGACAAUUGUUGACUUCAUCCUUGAAAACAAAGAGCCGGAAGAAAUCCCAGAGUGUUGCAUUCAAAAUGCAGAGGUCAAAGCUGCUAUUGAAGAAAUUUCCACUGCCACUAAAGAAACCAUAGGGGACGUAUUUGAAAGACACAGCCAUCUAUUGGAAGCAUCUGGCUACAAGCAACUGCUGUCGGUCAGCAAUAGGGACCGCGCAAUCCGUACCAUGAAAUUUUAUUAUUGCUUUUACAAGUACAUCCCCCCUAUGCUGCAGUUCAUUGAAGGUCUAAAGUUACAUGACAUGCUGUUGCUGCUGACAAAACAUGGAGAGAAUGGUCGGGCACUUCUCUGUUGCGACACCAAGAGUACCUCAAUGUCUGAUGUGCUAGCCUUCUUUGUGCCAAAAUUCUCCAAGUCAGAGCAUGAAAAGGCAGAUGAAGAGAUGAUCGUAUACAACUUCGGCAAAUUCCUGAAGAAAGUUGAAAAUGCCAUCUCCACAGAUUGGGUGAAGAUGAAUAGCUCCGAAGAAUCAUUGAAGGAGGUUACGAUCAACCUUGGUGAUGUUCUGCAAGCCCUUAUAGGAUGCAGGUCUCUGCCCAGAAACAUUAAGUCUGGAGAAAUGGAGUUCGACCAUUUGUCUAAUCAAUUAUCAUAUGUAAAUACAUGUGCACCAUCAAUAAUAUUCACAAGAACGAAAGAACUUGUCAACUAUGAAAAACUUGAACACCAUCUGAUUUGUAUCAUUGUUGAAGCUGAAGGCUUUGGAUUAGCUUGA